UCACCUUGCGGGCCGAGCCACUUGGACCGGGAAAGCGCAGCUCCGUCGCCCCCCGCGGCCGCCGAUGGUACAGCCCGGUCGGGUUAAGCGGGCGGACUGAGCUAACCACCAAGGAGACAGUAUGGGGCUGCGCGCGGGUGGAGCGCUCCGCAGGGUGGGCACCGGGCCCGGGGCUUCCGAGGGCCGGGACCCCGGCGGUGCUCAGGGAGGCAGCAUCCACUCGGGCUGCAUCGCCGCGGUGCACAACGUGCCAAUCAGCGUGCUCAUCCGGCCGCUGCCGUCCGUACUGGACCCGGCCAAGGUGCAGAGCCUCGUGGACACGAUCCUGGAGGACCCUGACAGCGUGCCCCCCAUCGAUGUCCUCUGGAUCAAAGGGGCCCAGGGUGGUGACUACUACUACUCCUUCGGGGGCUGCCACCGCUAUGCUGCCUACCAGCAGCUACAGAGAGAGACCAUCCCUGCCAAGCUCGUGCAGUCCACCCUUUCAGACCUGAGGGUGUACCUGGGUGCAUCCACACCAGAUUUGCAGUAGAAACCUCCUGCUCACCCCACCCCCUGCACACCAGCACCACCUUCCAGAGCCUAGAAGAUACACGUGGCCCCCAGCGGGCGGAAGCUGUAGCAGGGAUAUGUUCUCUCUAUUCCUAAGGAGGGAGGUCUGCCUCUUAGUGCCUCUGCGCUAGUCCCCAGGCCCGAGAAUAAGGGAGCCCAGCUCCCCUGUAUGUGAAAAGAUGUCAUGGCCUUGACUCUGAAGGAGUACCAAGAGGAGGAAGUGAGAAAGGAGAUGGACAUGGAGACAAGGACUUGUUCCAUUCUUAUCUUUAUGAUAGCCUAUCACUUCAUGAACUGGGAAGUAGAGGAAAACUUAGGUCACCAAGGCUUAAGUGAGAGAGGCUUGUUUUCCCCAUAGAUUGAGUCCCGGAACAGAUGACUCACACAGUACUGGGUCAACAGCUCAGUGAAGGUGGGGCCUCCCUCUAGGUAAUCCUUUGGCCUUGCCCUCAUGGCCCCUUACUUCGUGGUCACAAGAUGGCUGCCGUAUCUCUAGGAAUCUUAUCUGUGCUCAAGGAAGAAACCCACUAGACCUACUUCUAUCAGAAAGGAAAACCUUCAGAACAUCUGCACAGAAUCCUUGGUCAGAGCUAGCCAUCAUUGGCACCCACAGUUGCAAAGGGAACGCUGUCACAGCUGAGCAUGACUGCCUUGUUCAUCCCUUGGAAGUGGCACUGUGUCUCCUGCAACCAAACUGGGAUCCCAUUAGCAGGAGAGGAAGAAGGAUGUAUCAGUUAGCCCUUGCUGCAUAACAAGCCGUUCCCAAACUUAACGGCUAAAAAAAAGUAUUCAUUUACCCAUGAUUCUGUGGGUGAGCACUUGGGGCUAGGCUCCCUUGGGCAGCUCUGCUGGUAUGGCCUGGUUCUGCUCAUGAGCCCACCAUCAAGCUGUCACCUCAGCUGGGGCUGGCUGGGCUGGGAUCACCUUACUCCUUCUGUGGCACAUGUUGACUGGAUUGGCUUGGUCAUCCUUGUUGCCUCUAGAGGGUCAGCUCAGGCUUACUCUCAAGAUGGCCCCAGAGUUCCAAUGAGAGUCAAUAGUGACGAGGCAGGUACUGGCUCGCUGUUAAGAGCACCUACAUGGUUACUCGUGACUGUAACCCCAGCUCCAGAGGACCUGACACCCUCUUCCAGCCUCUGUGGGUACUAGACACAUGGUCUAUGGACAUACAUAUGCAAGCAAAGCACCCACAUACAUAGUUUUUGUGGUUUUUGUUUGUUUUGUUUUGUUUUAAGGUGACAAGGUAUCGUCAGCCCUUGUCUAGGACAAUGUCACUGCUGCUGAGUUCAGAUUCAAGGGGUGCAAAUGGACCCCAGCUCUCAAUAGGAGGAACUGUAAAGAACACAGGGCUAUUGUUCGUUCAGCACAGAUGAAUCUUGGUGGGCAAGUGACAGUAUGUCUCGCUCCCACCCAUAAGCAGUCUUAAGUUACUGUUCUUGGAACCUAGAAGAAGUCAUGGCAUGGUGUCUCCAAGAGCUGGGUACCCCAUCCUCAAGGAUGACUCACUAGCAGAAAGGGGUGGGCAAUGGGGCAUUCAAGAGGUCUUCUGCAAACCGAGAGCCCUGGAGGCUGAGGGAAGGCUGAGGAAGCGGCAGAGAGAGGUGGCACUUGCUGCUUCUCUCCCAGAGAGCUCAGUCAAGUGUCACUUUCUGCUCUCCCAGCUCUAGCGAAGACAACGGCUUUCCCACCCACCGAGUGUCCCAGCAAAUGAAACUGAAAGGGAAUAAAUGCAACAUGGUGCUUGGGUUGAAUCUUAAGACCAAAAAGGGAUGGGGGAGCAUUAGCAGGUCAACCAGGAACUCAUUCUGUCUAGAUUUAGUUACCUUCCAGUUUGGGCAAUCAAACUGCUGGGGUGGGCUGAGUGGAGAAUGUAUGGGAACUCUUUAGUCUGCAAUUUUUCUGUAAAUCUGAAGUCAUUCCAAAAUAAAAGUUUAUUUAAUUUAAGAAAACA